AUGUUAGAAAGAGGCCAUUCAGCACUAGCUAUUGACGAUGGAAGCAAAGCACUUGUUUGCUUCGGCUUUCCUAAUGGACCGACUUACGACUACAACGACUGGUUUAAAUGCGAUAUUUUUGAAUGCAGCUCACCUGAAAACUGCUCGACAACUCCUACAUUUUCAUCCCUGCAUCCUCACUAUGCGGGAGGGCUUGGCUCUCACAUGGGAGAACCCGUCACUGUCGGAACAUCAAGUCGAGCAGAAAGUCCUGAGGAUCCAUUGGUUGAUUCAAGGGAACAAUACAAAAUAGCCGAGAAAUUAACGGAAGACGGCUGGAUCAGAAUCGAGAACCAUCCAGUAGGAAGCGAUGGACAUAGCUUUCUCACUCUUCCAUCAGGAAAACUGCUCUUGUUGGGAGGUGUUGUGCGGGUUGAAGGGUAUGACAGAGACUUGCAGGACGAAAUUUACGAGCUCGACCUCCACGAAUAUUGGAAUGUUGUCGGAAAACUUCAAGAGUUUAUUUAUGGUGGAUCUUCAAUGCUUGUUGACAACUCGAUCUUCCUCUUUCCUGGGCAAUGUCCAGAUGGAAGUUGUCCUAUCCAACGACUCGAUCUUGUCGAUGAAGCCAUCGACUCUGUUGACAUCAUUGGCAAUCACACCUUCGAGCCAGAAGGAUGGGGAGCAUCAUAUUUUCCACAGCUCUUCUACACUGAGCAAUUGGAUGCUUGUGUCGCUCCAAGCGAUGUCGAAGAAAUUUGA